CUCGGUUCGGCCAACCGAAAGUUCGAAGCAAGGAUUAUGUAAUCAUUUUGUUUUCGCUCCAGCUCUCUCCAGUUCCCCUUUAACCAGAAACGCUCAAGUAUGGCAAAGAAGAAGAACAAGCAGAUUAUCCGGCCAUGGUGUUGGCUAAGCAUUUCAAAUGCAACAUGUGCCCUCGAAGACUCAAUACUGCGGGAGGAUUAGCGGUGCACAUUCAGCAGGUACACAAGCUGGAGCCCGAAAACCUGCCUCGAAUUGAGAACGCCAUACCAGGAAGAGACGGUUAUGAAGUGGAGAUAUUUGGGAUGGAAGGCAUACCCGCGCCCGACGUGGCUGAUUACAAGCGGCGGAAAGAGAUUGAGUUGGGCCUCGCUGCUGGCUCUAUUUCUCAGCCUCCAGCCAAAAGGCCGAAAACAGAGAACCGUCCGAUGUCAGAGGAGGAGUUGAAGGCCGCUCUAGAGGCCCACAAAGCGCUAAUGGGUGCUGGAUCCAAUGAACCGGCCCUCGCCCCAGCAGAUUCUAGUUCAGGUGGUGUCUAUGGUGCCCCUCCUCAGGCAUAUGCCGCUGCUCCGACUGCCACCCCUCCCGGACCACCUGUUGCGAUGCCUCCCGGACCCCCUCCAUUUUUGCCGCCCGGUGUUCCCGGUAUGCUGCCAGGCCAACCACCAUAUCCCCCGCCCUUCCCGGUGCCCAGCUUUCCUCCGGGUCCGCCUCCGCCUGGAUUCCCUAUGCCGCCUUUUGCUCCGGGAAUGUUACCAACGGGGAUGCCGUCUGGGGUUCCCCCUCCCGGCAUUAUCAGGCCUCCAUUCCCACCCGCACCGACCUUUGUUCCUCAACAGCAGGGAUCCGCUUCUCCAUUCCCACCGCCACCGCCAACAAAUGGAUCCAUGACCUCAGUAACACCAACUGGUUCUAGUGUCCCUGCUACUCCGCCGCCGCCUACACCGUCGUCUCAACCCCCGUCUACUCCACGCAUGCCGGUGCUUCCCGUUCCUGCUCUCAAACAAGUAUUACCGUCGUUCAAGAAGGAGACCGAUCUGAAGUUCCAAGACCCUAAUUUCUCACCUGAUGAGCUACGCGCAUACAAUCCGAAGUACUGCAUUGCUAAAUCUACUGAUAAAGCUCAGCAAGGCGAAGAGUCGAGGGGGAAGAAGAGAGCGCGUGCUGAGGAUUUCUUAUGAUGAUCGCCUGAAGGAGGACAGGGAGAACAUUUGACAGUCCGUCCAACCCUCCCCCCCC